AAAAAUGUUCCUGAAGAAGACGGUAGAAGCUUCUCGAUUGCCCUUGCUGCGCAAGCAAACGACCUUCUAUAUAAGCUAAAAGCUCAAACGUCACUUCAGCCAUUGUUGAUUAACACAGGCUGAACAUAAAGCUCGCACAGGUCGCCGUAGAUUCUUAAUCGGAGGAUAAACUAGCGAGGUUCGUGAAAAUGGCGGGGAUGAUUGCUCAGGAUUGGGAGCCGGUGGUGAUCCGCAAGAAGCCGCCGACCGCCGCCGACCGGAAAGACGAGAAAGCGGUCAACGCCGCCCGCCGUGCAGGGGCCGAGAUCGAAACUAUAAGAAAGGCUAAUGCUGGCUUGAACAAGGCUGCCAAGAGCACCACCACACUGAACACAAGGAAGCUUGAUGAAGACACAGAAAAUCUGGCUCAUGAAAAGGUCCCGACUGAGUUGAAGAAAGCUAUCAUGCAGGCACGGAUGGAUAAGAAACUUACACAAGCUCAACUUGCUAAAAUAAUAAAUGAGAAGCCUCAGGUAAUACAGGAAUAUGAAUCUGGAAAGGCAAUACCCAACCAGCAGAUCAUUUCUAAACUGGAGAGGGCGCUCGGUGUAAAAUUGAGGGGAAAGAAAUAGGAAGUUUGUAAGGUGAAAAAAUGGUCUACUUUGUACUCUUUUGUUGUUGGCUUUUAUGUAUGGCAGCUAAAAGUGAUGCACAAUGUACAUGAAUGAUGGUCAUUUUCCAUGUUGCCUCUCAUUUGUCAAUAAUAUUGAAGAGAUAUUUGGCUCUCUUUAUGAGAGAGGGUUAUUUUGUUUGAAAUCCUGAUAGUCUUUCUUUAGGUUUAUCAUCAGUUAUUGGAAUCCAAUUUUU